AUGACGGAUGGUGCUGCGAUUCUGCUGUCGCGGCACUUGGCUCGGUCGCAGCCAUCUGUGACAUCGGCUCAGGAUGCGGGUGUUUUACGGAAGGUGUUGGAGCAGGCUUAUGCGAGAUUGACUUCUUUUGAUCCUGGGUAUGCAUGGACGUCUGGACAGUGGAUGACAGAGCGGCCUGGAGGUUCGGAUGUUUCGAGGACGGAGACGCUCGCUCGUUUGGGUUCUGAGGAGGAGUUGAAAGCUGACGAGAAUACCUUUGCUUCGGCGGCCGAUAGUGUGGACAUGCCACUUGGUCCUUGGUUCAUUGAUGGGUUCAAGUGGUUCAGCUCCGCUACUGAUGCUGAUAUGGUCGUGCUUCUGGCACAGACACAGAAGGGCUUGAGCGCAUUCUAUGCACCUAUGAAGAGGACCGUGGUCGGUGUAGGUGGAAAGAGGACGCCAGUAAUGAAUGGAGUGUGUAUUUCUCGUCUGAAGAACAAAAUGGGUACUAAAGGAUUACCCACCGCCGAGCUCGAGAUCAAGGGUAUGAGAGGAUGGCUGCUCGGUGAAGAAGGCCGAGGGGUACGGGAAAUCUCUGCGAUCCUCAAUGCAACAAGACUCUGGACAGCUGUAGGGGCGACCGGGUCAUGGGGUAGAGGACUGGCAGUGGCAAAGGCAUACUGCCAGGUGCGCAAAAUCAAGGGCGAGCAGGUUCUAGCUGAAAACAGACAACACGUCAGAUGGUUGGCAGAGGAGGCAGUCAAAUACAGAGCUGCGACACAUUUGGCUUUUCUGGGUGUCGCACUUCUAGGAAUAAGUGAGUGGGGUGUAGAAGUUGCGGCGAAAGGCACACGAGCAGGGGAGUGGUUACCUAGAGACAAGCAAGAGGCUGAGAUACUGCUUAGGAUCUUGACACCAGUGAUGAAGGCUCAGUGCAGCUUGGCUGCCACGCUGGGGCUGAGAGAAUGUAUGGAAAGCUUGGGAGGAGUGGGCUACUGCGAGAACAACGAGGAUGAUGGCCUUAUGAACAUCGCUCGACUGCUUAGGGACAGCAGUGUUAACAGUAUUUGGGAAGGAACCAGCAAUAUUCUUGCAGAGGAUUUUGUACGAGCCACUAGAGGUCAGGUAGGCGGACGAGCAAUUGAAGCCUUGGGUACGAUGCUUGAUAAAAUGCUUGAAGUAGCGUCAUUACGAUUUGCAGAGCAUGUCGAGACUAUCAAGCAAACCUGGCACGACUUGCGGACUUUCCUCACCACGAAAAAAGAAGUAGAGGCUCUUUAUCGCGGCAAGGGGUUGCUACGGUCUAUGGAGGAUAUCGUGUGCGCAGCUCUCCUUCUGGUUGACGCUUGCUGCACACAGGGCGAAGUGGAGCGUGUAAUUGCAGACAGGUGGCUGGCUUCUCGUAUCAGCAAGAAGAAACAUCUGCUAUCAGACACGUCGGCGCUUACAGAGAGCGAAAUCGACAAGCAGAUAUUGUUCGGAAGCUCAGCGAUCAGGGCAGUCCGCAGAGACUCAAAGUUAUGA